CGGGCGUUAUCAGUUGUAAGUGCUCGCCGGCUUCCGCGAGAAAGCUAAAGACGUGCUGUCGUGUGCUUAGACUUCAAGAUACCGCUAAAUAAACCUCAGGUGGCCGAACCCAGCGAGCAAUCGAAUGGGCUGGAUGGCAUCCCUGCGGUAAGCAGACAGCACCUCCAGGCUAUCAACUAACCAACCUGCCAGACGAGCAGCAGCAUGGCUUUGGCGGCUUGGCGACGGCUCUGCGUAAGGUCACGAUGGAGGCGGUUGCGGGUCAUACAGAGAGAGCUCAGCUACUACCACCGUCACCCACCGGCAGCUCCGCUUAUUGCCAUGACGAUGGCCGAUGCCAUCGAACGGGCAGCCUCUACUUACGGUGACAACGUUGCCAUCACGUCGUGUCAUCAAGGCUUAAAGAAGACGUACACCCAGUACAAAAAUGAUGUUGACCACCUGGCAGCCGGUUUUGUGUCACUUGGCCUUCCUGUAGGCUCUGCAGUUGGAAUCAUUAUGGCCAACAUGUAUGAGUGGGCCCUUGUUCAGUUUGCUGCAGCGAAAGCUGGGCUCGUUCUGGUGAACGUCAACACAGCGUACAAGGUGCCUGAACUAGAGUACUGUCUGGCUAAGAUUGACUGCCGUGCUCUCGUCAUAUCCGACAAGUUUGCCAGACAGGACUACUAUCACAUGCUUCUCGAAAUAGCUCCAGAAUUGGAAACAUCCGUAGCCGGCGAACUCAGAAGUUCAAGACUGCCACUUCUGAAGCACGUGAUCAUGAUGAGCAACGACAGCAAGCCAGGAACACUCUCGGAAGCAGACCUCCUGGACUCCGUGACCGGAGAGCACCGUCAGGAGAUGCACAAGAUCUGCUCUCGGAUGCAGUUCGACGCACCCGUCAACGUCCAGUUCACCUCGGGUACAACCGGAAAGCCCAAAGGUGUCCUUCUGUCUCAUUUCAAUAUUCUCAAUAAUGCCUACACAAUUGGACGCAUCAUGGAUUAUCGUAAACAGCAUGACUCCAUCUGCUUGAACGUUCCUCUGGUCCACUGCUUCGGCUGUGUCGGAGGCACUAUUUGCGCUGCGCUCUUUGGGUCUACUGUGGUCAUGCCAGCUCCCAGUUUCAAUGGAACGGCUGCAUUGAAAGCUAUCGCUGCUGAAAAGUGCACAACGCUGUAUGGGACGCCAACCAUGUUCAUUGACAUGAUGCGAGAACUGGACACUCCUGGUACUUCAAACGAUGUUUCAUCUGUCUCGAAAGGCAUUAUGUCUGGAGCUCCUUGUCCACCAGAAGUCAUUAAGGGUGCCAUGCACAAAUUGAAUGUAAAGCGGAUGCAAAUCGUUUACGGUACCACAGAAUGCAGCCCCACUAUUACAGCGGCUGACCCCAGCGAACCUCUCGAGAAAUGGAUACACACUGUUGGAAAAGCAAUCGACCACGUCGAGGUAAAGAUCGUGGACAAGGAAAAUCGUAUAGUCCCGUUCGGCGCGAGGGGAGAACUGUGUGCCAGGGGUUACCUUGUCUUCCUUGGUUACUACGGGGAUGAGCAGAAGACGCAAGAAGCAGUCAAGAACAACUGGUAUCAUACAGGCGACGAAGCCACUAUGAGCGAGGAUGGUCGCGUGACAAUUUGCGGUCGUAUCAAGGAUAUGAUCAUCCAUGGAGGUGAAAACAUCUACCCGCGGGAGAUUGAAGAUGUUCUCUACGCUCAUCCACAUGUUGGAGAAGUGCACGUCUGCGGCGUUCCGGAUGCCCGACUGGGGGAACAAGUUUGCGCGUGGAUCAAAACGAGAAAUGGAAAGGCCUUAGAAGAAGACGUUGUUAAAAACUUCUGCAAGGAAAGAGUAGGAACUACUUUGCUUACUUUGCUCAUUGUUUUUUCCGGUGUCUUAGGAAAGAAGCCACCUGUGCCCGCGCUCGAAUAUGGGCCUCUCAGACAUGAGAGCGCGAUAGGUCCAUGUUCGCUCUCAGCUGCCUCAACUACGGUCGACUCCUGGGUUGGAGGCGUAAUCGUUUCAAAGCGAUGGGUUUAUAAUGGCGAAUUCGGGUGGUCAUUUCGGAGCAACUUUUUUUGCCAGAUCUCGAGCAGUCAUGUUCGCUUGGUCAAAAUGAAGCAAAUCUCGCAUGUUCGCGUGGCGCUUUCCGAGCAUUCGGAAUUUGCUAGCUAGCACUUUUUUUGCCCGGUCUCAAAACUAUCGAGCAGCAGAUUGAUCAACUGUAUCCGGUGUCGUCACAUCCGUACCGCAACGGUGGCGAGUGCCCUCAUUGGCCCGCAUGUUGAAAUCACGUAGUUUAGCAGACGACAGAACUCCAAGACUUGCGACCGCGACGCCCCUAGCGUGAUCCAAGUACCUAAAACCGCUAGAUUCCUAGCAAUCAUGUUCGUGUGGCAACGGUCACGUGAUCCAGCUCGGUCACCGACCUAGCAAUUUCCGAGCGCUCGCCCGUUUUGCUACGAAAUGACCACCCGAAUUCGCUAUAAGGCCGAACACAGUGUCACUGGUGUCUAGCGUGGCCCCAGGGGUGAGCGAAGUUCGAGGGUGCAAUCCUCCCGAAAUAUUUUUUCGGGUUACCCCUUCAAUGUUUAAUACCAUCCGUGGCUUGUCUCCCAUUGUCUCUCGUUCUGCUAUCGCACUAUUGCUCGAAAGUCCCUAAUUAAAUAGCUAAUGAAUGUUAGGUAAUUAGUCAUUUAGCAGUUAUCCAUACUCUAUUCGAGCGAAAGCAUGACUGCUUUCAUAGCUUUGUUUAAAGAAAAUGUGUUGCGGAUUAAAAUAAAAAGCAACUAUAAGCAUCCACUGCAUCUAAACGCCCAAAGGAGUAGACUAUUUUCCUUUAGAGUUCCAUUUGUUUUGGUAACGUCACCUACAGCUAGUAUUUGUUUGU